CGGGAGAAGGAGCCGCGGCCCGAGCUGCCCGGGACAGCGGCGCCCCCACGACCCGCGCCCCGGAGCCCGCGCCGAGGCCCGUCCCAGUACCUGGCAAGAAGCACCGUCGUGGUUCCAUCCUACGAUGGCAUUUCAGAAGUCACCGGAUGGCGGAUGGGGCUGGGUGAUCGUGCUAGUCUCCUUCUUCACUCAGUUUCUGUGUUACGGAUCCCCGCUGGCUGUUGGAGUCUUGUACAUUGAAUGGUUGGAUCUCUUCGGAGAAGGAAAAGGGAAAACAGCCUUGGUAGGAUCCCUGGCAAGCGGAGUUGGCUUGCUUGCAAGUCCCGUCUGCAGUCUCUGUGUCUCGUCUUUUGGAGCCAGACCCGUCACCAUCUUCAGUGGUUUCAUGGUGGCUGGAGGCUUGAUGCUGAGCAGUUUUGCCCCCAAUAUCUACUUCCUGCUUUUUUCCUAUGGCAUUGUUGUAGGUCUCGGGUGUGGUUUGUUGUACACUGCGACGGUGACCGUCACCUGCCAGUACUUUGACAGCCGCCGAGGUCUUGCACUUGGCCUGAUUUCAACAGGUUCAAGCGUUGGCCUUUUCAUCUAUGCUGCUCUGCAAAGGGUGCUGAUCGAGUUCUACGGUCUGGAUGGGUGCCUGCUGAUUGUGGGUGCCUUAGCUUUAAACAUACUUGCCUGCGGCAGUCUGAUGAGACCCCUGCAGGUUUCUAACUGCACUUUACCUGAAAAGACAGCUCCUGAGAAUGUACCAGAUAGAUACUGCAUGUACAACGAAAAAGAAAAGAAUUUAGAAGAAAACAUAAAGAUCCUUGACAAGAGCUACAGUCAUGAAGAGAAAUGCAAGAGUGCCUUGGCCAGUGGUGACUGUGGACAGGAGAACCCACUGCAUAAAAUCCCCACCACCAUGAUGCAUGCAAAGGAACCUGAACCAUACAAAAAGAAAGUGGCAAAGCAGACCUACUUUUGCAAACAGCUUGCCAAGAGGAAGUGGCAAUUAUACAAAAACUACUGUGAUGAGACGGUGUCUCUUUUUAAAAACAAAGUCUUUUCAGCCCUUUUUAUUGCUAUCUUACUUUUUGACAUUGGAGGGUUCCCACCAUCAUUACUUAUGGAAGAUGUGGCGAGAAGUUCCAAUGUAAAGGAAGAGGAGUUUGUUAUGCCUCUUAUUUCCAUCAUAGGCAUUAUGACAGCUGUGGGGAAACUCCUGUUAGGGAUACUGGCUGACUUCAAGUGGAUUAAUACCUUGUAUCUUUAUGUAGUUACCCUGAUUGUCACGGGCCUGGCCUUGUGUGCAAUUCCUUUUGCCAAGAGCUAUGUCACUUUGGCAAUACUUUCUGGGAUCCUAGGGUUUCUUACAGGUAAUUGGUCCAUCUUCCCUUAUGUGACCACGAAGACUGUGGGAAUUGACAGAUUAGGCCAUGCUUAUGGAAUACUAAUGUUCUUUGCUGGACUUGGAAACAGCCUUGGACCUCCAAUUGUUGGUUGGUUUUAUGACUGGACCCAGACCUACGACACUGCGUUUUACUUCAGUGGUGCGUGUGUCCUUCUGGGAGGUUUUACUCUGCUGCUGGCGGCCUUACCCUGUUGGGAUACGUGUGACAGGAAACCCCCUAAGCAAACCCCAACAACGUUUUUGUACAAAGUUGCCUCUAAUGUUUAGAGGAAUAUUAAAAGGCAUUAUUUUCUCCAUUUUGUACCAUAUAGCAAAAAAUAUUUUAAAAAAUUUUUAAACAAAUUCUUUAGUUAAGACUGUUUUCUCAUAGCCAAAUAUCUAUGGCAGAUUCUGAAUGAAAAACAAUUUUUUACAUAUCUACCUUUGUAUAUGUGUAUAUAUGGCCUCUGUUCCUUGUAUUUGUCCCCAAGAAGUGGGACAAUUCUGUCUUACUGUUGUUUAUCAGUUUAUAACAUAAACUUUUAACUGGUCUUGGAAAGUGUUUUCUGGGUAAAGAAGUAUACAUUCUCUGCUUUCUCCAUUAGUUCUACUGUAAAACACCUCAAGGGGUCUUUCUCUUUGAAAACAUGCAAGCCUUAUGAUGGGAUAUGUGUGAAGGCCACUGGGGAGUAAGUCACUCUCUUCUCUGACAGCCCUGCUAGUUCAGAGAAGACUUCAAGCCAGUUCAUGUCAGGAAAUGAACAUGGUUACAAAACUGCAAAGACCUGCAGGAGGGCAACCUGAUAAGAUACCCCAGUCAUGAGUGUUCAUCUCUCUGUAUCUGCUGUGACAAAGCACCUCAUGCACGGGUGUCUGCUGCACAGGAGCAGCUGGGAUUCCUGCCACAGCCUUUCUUUGCGGUUCAUCAGAGCCUCACUCCUUUGAGUGGGUCAGUGUCCACUCAGCUGAGGGCUUGCGGGAAGUGUUGACUUUACCCACGUCCAAGUUGUAGAUGUACACUGCAGCCAUUCUUUCUGGUAGGUGGGAAACACCUGUUUGCUUGGAGCACAGUGGGGAUGGCUUAUGGGUCCUUGUUUAUCUUGCUGAUAAAGCAUGUGUUUGUUACAGCUUUUACCACUAUUAAAUUUUAAUACAAGAGCACAGCUUAAUAAAUGGGGUGAGUGUGUGUGUGUGUAUGUGUGUGUGUACAUAUGCAUGUUAUGAGUCAGUAUGAAACAUGGGAAAGAAAAAGGGACAAUAAAAAAUAGAUCCCCUUAUCUAACCUCACUUAAUAAUGCUUGGGAAUGAAAAGAAUGUUUAAUAAAUUGACUCUUUUUUUCUCUAAGGAAAUGGGUUAAAACUUUGGUGUGCCUCAGAAUUCCUUACAGUUCCUUUAAAAAUGUAAGUGCCUGGGUGCCAUGCUUAAAGAUUUUAAUUCUGGGUAAAGCAUGACAAGAUAUUGGCAACAGAAGGGGUUGCAGAUGUAGUCCAGUGGUAGAGCUCUGGCUUAGCAUUGUGAGAAGCGCUGAGUUCGUAUCCCCAGCACUACAAUAAACAAAAAAUAAUAAUAAGAUUGGCAAUUGUGAAAUAUUUAUUCUCUUGAAUAAAGAAAAAGGUUAUACUAUAACCUAGAGGUUUUAAAUAGCCAAGUGUUCUUGGAUAAGGACUCCCUUCCCAUUGUGCCAAAAUUGUCUCUUCUUUUCUUUUGAAAUACCUGGGAUUGUUUCAUGCUACUAUGUUGCCUUUCAAAGGUGCCUGAAGCACUUUGUUAGCAUGUUCCCUUAUAAUGCCUCUGUGAGGUGGGUAGCCAACACUCUUUCCUGUGUAGUAAACCAGGAGUAGGGAGAAUUUUAUAAUGGAUUCAGUCCUGCUCAAUAAUGUAAUAAUGGGACUCCAAGGUACCUUAGACAUCUGUUCUGUCCUCAGACUUCUGGAAAGUUCUCUAUAAAUCAUUCUUUGUCAUUAUCAAAGUUAGUAAAUAAAAUUAGUGACAUUUAAAAGAAGGAAAAAAAAAACCUUAUGUGCUUUUGUAUUGAGAGUGUUUUGUGGCCAAUAUUAUGUUCAAGUUAUCUAAUAAUGUUAAAAAUUUGACUUUGAUGACAUCUGCAUUCACUAAUGUUGAUAAUCAUCCAGAUAUCUUUUCUGUGUUCUCUAAUAUCACCCAGUGUGUGCAUUACCCAUUGUCUAGGGAAUUAAUUAUAAAUUACAAUAAAAUACUUUUGUUUUGCA